AUGGAUGGCAUGGGACUCACAGCCAACGAGCAGCGCGAGCUCGAGCAGCGCCUGCAGAAGCGCCAGAUGAAGGACUUCAUGGGCCUCUUCGGCAACCUCGUCGACCACUGCUUCGUCUCGUGCAUCGACGACUUCACCUCCAAGUCGCUGUCCAACCGCGAGACGGGCUGCAUCACGCGCUGCGUCCAGAAGCAGAUGGCCCAGUCCCAGCGCCUGAGCGAGCGCUUCGCCGAGCACAACGCCCAGCUCGGCGCCCAGCAGGGCCAGCGAUAA